AUGUCAGCCUACUGCGACUCCAUGGACUUGCCUGGAUUUUCCCAUUGGAUGCGCAUCCAGAGUCAGGAAGAAUACGCUCAUGCCAUGAAUCUCCUUGACUUUGUCCAGGCCCGACAGGGUCGGGUGACCCUGUUUCCCAUAGAUCAACCGGCGGUGGAGUUUGACUCCAUACUGGGAGUAAUGGAAACCACCCUGGGUCACGAGCGACAAGUUACCAAGCUCAUCAACCAACUCUAUGAGCUUGCGACCGGAGAGCGUGAUUACCAGACCCAGGUGCAUCUUCAAGCCUUUAUCACCGAACAGAUCGAAGAGGAAAAAACCGCCUCAGAUAUCAUCGCGCAGUUGAAGAUGAUCGGCGAAAACACGAGCGACCUGCUUAUAUUGGACAAGGGAAUGGCCACCCGCCAGUUGUCGCCGGGUCUUUAA